UGUGUAAUUGAGGUUAAUUUUUUGUUAGAAGGUUUUUUGGUUUAGUGGUUGUUGACAUGUUUUGAAGUGAGCUUUGUGUUUUAAAAACAGGAAAAUAAUACUUUAAUGUCUACCUAGGGAAAAAUUAUUAUUAAAUGCUUUAGAUUUUGAAGUUAGAACUCUGCAAGAUGGUAUAUUGCGCCGAGUGCAAAUUGAGCUUUUCGAAAAUGUCCAAUCUAAGAGCUCACGUGAAAAAAAAGCAUCCAGGAAAAAUUGAUAUACUGGCUCCAAAGCUCAAGGGGAGACAUGGAACUCUUAUAUGCCAAGGAUGUAGGGCUACAUUUGUGAGGAUUGGCAGCUUAAGAACUCAUGUACGACGGAAACAUGCAGAUAAACUGCAAGAAUUGGUUCCUGCCAAAAAAACGUUUAACUGCAAACAAUGUAAUUCUGAGUUUGACAUGUUAAAAAAAUUAGUUUUGCACAGAAGAUCACAACAUGAGAUUAGAAACAAGAUGCUAAAAUGCCCAUUGUGCCAAUUUACAGGACCAUCUUCCAAACAUUUAAUUGGCCAUUACCGAACAGGACAUUCCUUGACAGUUGAUUGUGAGACAGUUGAAUUUAAAACAUUUGAGGAAUUUCAGGAUUGGAAAAUCACUACCGAAAAGCAGACUUUUUCCUCAUUUGUAAAUAUGCAUGGGUUUAGAAAAGGUGUAAAUUGUGAAAAAAUAAAGUACACAUGCCAUAGGUCGGGCACUAUCAGAAAAAGGGGGAAUAAUAUCAGGUCACGGAAAAGCAACAAAAUGAAUGGAUAUUGCCCUGCAGAAAUGUGGGUGACAAUUGAACCUACGAAAUGUGCCGUCAAGUUUUGUAAUACUCAUGUAGGUCAUAAAUUAGAAGAAAAUAUAGGAAGAAAUAAAAAAUAUAUAACUAAAGAAAAUUUUAUCACUGAUGUACAUGAAGGAAUGGAAGACACUGUUAUGGCAGCAAGCCCUGAGGAAGAGAACCUACAGCUUCUAUUUGAAAAACAAGCACUGGCUGAAACCGUUCAGAAACUUCUUUUUAGCGUUGAAACAUUGGAGGAAAUUGAGGCCGUUAAAAAGAUAGUUUCACGGAUUCAACCGGCACUGGAACAAAUUCGAAAUAGUUGAUAAAAAAUCAAUCAAAUAUUGUGAUAAAAAAAUUAAGUAUAAGAGAAUGGUUAGCAAAUCUUUAAUUAUAUUAAACUUUAUUUUGAAUUGUUUAGGUGAUUUUUGGUAUUUAAUCAUGCCUGCGCAAACACAA